AGCACCGAGAGGCGUGUGCGAGAGAGAGGGGCAGCGGGAGACACCGGCAUCCCACAGCAGCGGUUCCAUGAUGGCUGAGCUGAGCACAGAGACCCUGCCACCAACAGCCUUUAGCCUGGAUUACAAAGCUUUCAAUAAUGACACUGGAUGCCCAGGGAUUCGGGCCCCUAAUGGGACCAUUCUGAGCAUCACUCUGAUCAUCUGCCUGUUGGGGCUGGUGGGAAACGGGAUCGUCAUCUGGUUCCUGGGCUUCUGCAUGAAGAGGAACCCCUUCACCGUCUACGUCCUCAACCUGGCCGUCGCCGACACUGGCUACCUCCUCUGCUCGGUUGCCCAUCGUACCACUUCCAUAGUGCGAUAUCUGUUUUGUGGCGAUCCUGAGUUUUUGGACAUAUGGUUUGCAGUGCUGUAUGUGUGGACGUACAACACCAGCCUGUACAUCCUGACGGCCAUCAGCACGGAGAGGUGCGUGUCCGUCCACUUCCCCAUCUGGUACCGAUGUCGUCGGCCCAGGCACUUGUCUGCCACCAUUUCUGCCCUGCUCUGGGCUCUCCCCAUCCUGCUGUUCUGUUCCAUGAGCAUUUUUUGUCUUCUUUUUUUCAAUGAAUUCUGUGCAAAUUCCCUCCUGUGCAUCUUCAUUCUGAAUGUCCUGAUAUUCUCCCCCAUCAUGGUUCUGUCCAGUCUGAUCCUCUCCAUCAAGGUGCAACGAAGCUCCCAGCGGCGCCCGCCCGGCAAACUCUAUGUCGUCAUCCUGCUCACCGUCCUCUUCUUCCUCCUCUUCACUCUCCCUCACAGUGUUGCGUUUUUCCUCUCCGACCUGCACAUUAUUAAGCCCACUCCGAUAGUUUACACACUUUCCUGUGCAAGUAGCAGCAUCAACCCCUUUAUUUACUUUCUAGUCGGGAGCUACGGGAAGCGGCGAUUCCGUGGCUCUCUCAAACUCUCACUCCGGAGGGUUUUUGAAGAGCAGAGAGAUUCUGGAGAAGACAAAGAUCCCCGCCACAGCACAGACCCAAUAGAGACAGUUGUUUAAAGUCCUUCAGCAGCCAGCCUGGGAGACCUUUUCUGGGCAUGGAGAUUUCCCUUGAUCCCAGAGUCAAAGCACAUAGAAAGGGAAAAGACCUUCCUAAUUCUUCCCCACCCCUGCCCUAGUGUGGAUCCCCAGGGCUCAUUUGCUGCUCUCAACCACGAUAGGUCUCUCCGCACCUGAUCUGGUUCCCACUGGAAUCAGUUAGCAAAGUCCAAGUGAUUUUAGUGAGUCACAGAAGGUCAGUGUGUUAGCCUGUGUCUGCACAAACAACGGGGAGUCUUGAGAAUCAGUUUUGAACCCCUGUCCUUUCAAUUCCAAGUGAUGUUUCGCUUAGGAAAUGUAACUGCCAAGUGAAAUGCCCAAAUUCUCUGGUUGUAAACUGUCCAA